ACGCUCCCAGUCAUGAGGACUUUCCUCUUUCUCUUUGUUGUGCUCUUCUUUCUGACCCCAGCCAAGAAUGCAUUUUUUGAUGAGAAAUGCGACAAACUUAGAGGGACAUGCAAGAACAAUUGUGAGAAAAAUGAAGAACUUACUUCUUUCUGCCAGAAGUCUCUGAAAUGCUGUCGGACCAUCCAGACAUGUGAGAACACUACAGAUUGAUGCAGAAGAUUUAGGUUUCCAGAGACACAUACAUAACCUAGCUUCAUUUUACUCUUGCCUCUACUGUAAGCAGACACUUUAAUAAAUAUAAAUGACUGUC